GAAUCCACCCAUGCGAUGACGUCACGGGGCUCUGACAAGCUGGUGGUGCCGGAAGAAAAGAUGGCGGAUCAUGAGGAGCAGCUAUCCGACGAGGAAAAGGUACGCAUAGCAGCUAACUUUGUCAUCCACGCCCCGCCAGGAGAGUUCAAUGAAGUUUUCAAUGAUGUGCGAUUACUGCUCAACGAUGACAAUCUUCUCAGGGAAGGUGCAGCGAAUGCAUUUGCACAGUACAACUUGGACCAGUUUACCCCGGUGAAAAUCGAGGGCUACGAAGAACAGGUCUUAAUCACAGAGCAUGGUGACCUUGAGAACGGCCGGGUCCUGGACCCUAAGAACAAGAUCUCCUUCAAGUUCGACCACCUGAGGAAGGAGGCCAGCGACCCACGGCCCCACGACGUUGACAGCUCCAUAGAGGGCUGGAGGAGCGCUGUGGACUCAGCUGUCAGGGCCUACGUCAAGGAGCACUAUCCCAAUGGAGUCUGCACCAUUUACGGGAAAACCAUCGACGGACAUCAAACCAUCAUCGUGUGCAUCGAGUGCCAUCAGUUUCAACCAAAAAACUUCUGGAAUGGACGCUGGAGGUCAGAAUGGAAGUUCACCAUCUCCCCCUCGACCACUCAGGUGGCAGGAAUCAUGAAAAUCCAGGUUCAUUACUAUGAAGACGGCAACGUUCAACUGGUGAGCCACAAAGAGGUUCAGGAGUCCAUGUCAAUCUCUAAUGAGGCUUCAACUGCAAAGGAGUUCGUUAAGAUCAUGGAGGCUGCAGAGAACGACUAUCAGACGGCCAUCAACGAGAAUUACCAGACCAUGUCGGACACUACCUUCAAAGCCUUACGCCGCCAGCUUCCUGUGACACGCACCAAGAUCGACUGGAACAAGAUCCUGAGCUACAAGAUCGGCAAGGAGAUGCAGAAUGCUUAAAAACAGCGGAGAACAUAACAGACAACCCCCCACCCCCACCCCACCCCCUCCCAAACA